UUUUGUGCGGCGAAUAGCCAUGUUCCUCUGUUUUCCAAUAUAAAAUUGCGGAAAAACGCAUCCAUCAUCGGUAUGUCCGAGUCCGUAAAAGUGGCAGUAAGAUGUCGGCCUAUGUCCAACAAAGAAUUACAGCAUGGAUGUCGGAACGUCGUGACAAUCGAUCCGCUGACAAAAUCUUGCACGUUGGAAAAUGCCGACGGUGGAAGUGGAAAAGUUUACCAAUUUGAUGCUACGUUUGGCCCCUCUGCUACGACAGAAUCAGUUUACGAAAAUGUGGGUUCCGUCAUCGUGGAGGCCGUGUUGGAGGGUUACAAUGGCACUGUAUUUGCUUAUGGCCAAACUGGCUGCGGAAAGUCAUUUACGAUGCGAGGAUUCAUUGAACGCGCGUUAGAACAUCUAUUUGAAGCAACUUCUACGGCUAGUUCUGAAACAAGAUAUUUAGCGUUGCUGAGCUAUCUCGAGAUCUAUAACGAACGGUUACGAGAUUUGUUACAAGACGACACUGGGGAGACUUUGACAUUAAAGGAAGAUCCCACAAAGGGUACUUAUGUUGCUGGUGGUCUACGUGAGAUCACUGUCAAAGAUGCGACCGAAUGUGCCGCAUUAGUCCGGCAGGGUGAUCAAAGAAGAGCCGCAGCCGCAACGAAGAUGAACGCUGCUAGUUCGAGAAGUCAUGCCGUUUUAACUUUGUCACUCGAAGCAAUUGCCAUCAAUGACGAUGAUAAACGAGGCAACGCUAUCAGAAGAGGUCGAUUGCACUUGGUCGAUCUUGCUGGAUCCGAAAGACAGACUAGAACUGGAGCCACAGGGGAUCGUUUGAAAGAAGCCGCCAGUAUCAAUUUAAGCUUAUCGGCAUUGGGGAAUGUCAUUAGUGCGCUAGCUGCCGGAAACGGAAGACACGUUCCUUACAGAGAUAGCAAGCUAACAAGAUUACUGCGAGACAGCUUGGGCGGAAAUGCCAGAACUUUGAUGAUUGCCUGCGUCAGCCCAAGUGACAUCGAUGCUGAAGAGACUCUCAGCACUCUGCGGUACGCCGCCCGAGCUCGUUGCAUCAAGAACAAGCCCAUCGUCAAUGAGGACCCUAAAGAUGCUCUUCUUAGGCAAUACCAAUUAGAACUUCAACGUUUGAGGAAAUUGCUAAAUUCUGGCGACCCAGCAAAUGUUGGAUUGGACUUCCAGAAGGAUAUGGAAGAAGAAAGAAAGGAUUUGAGAGAGAAGCAAUAUUCUGAAGAGGUGGAGAGGUUGAGAAAAGAAUGUGAGAGUUCAAAUUUGUCAGCUCAAAAAACUAAAGAAGAAUUAGAAGCUUUGAAAUUCCGUUAUGAAUCAGGAUUAAAUAUGACGAACAAUGUUAAUAAUACUGAAAACCUCAAUCAAGAAAAUCAAGAGAUGGAUGAAUUGGAUAAAGAACGAAUGGAGAAGAAGAAAAAAAGAGAAGCAGCUCUACAAGAUGUUUUAAAGAAAUUAGAAAAACUGACGAUUGGUGGAGAGCAAAUUGAUAACGCAGAACAAAAAAGAAGAGAGAAGAGAAGAAAGAAAUUGGAAGCUCUUGUAGGGGCGCUGGAAGCUAAUGAUGCCAAUGGUAGUGUCUUCCAGGUAUAUGGCCAACUGAGAUCGACAGAGGAUGCACUGAAAAGAAUGGCGAAGCGAGUGAAGCAAUUAGAAGCUGAGGCAGCGGAUCUUCAGGCGUCCUGGGAUGCCGAGCGUCGUGAGCUUCUUCGAAGAGAAUUGUUAACGUCACAAUUAUGCGAUCUCAUGGUACCCUAUCUUCGUCCGGGCUGUCCCUUUCGAGAUAUCGCGGCGGUGAGAUCGGCGGCAACCUGGUGCGAUGAAUUAGGACGAUGGCGUUUGCCGGAUGUAUCCCCUCACAUACCUCUACCUCCAGCUGCUGCUACAACACGAACGGAUAUUCUUCACUUCACCGGGGGUUCCUCGAGGGCGGAUCAUAAUAACAAUAAUAAUAGUAGCAACGAUGACAGUGAAAGUGGCCAGGAUAAUGAUAAUGAAGAAGAUGACAGACGAGGUGUUACGAGAAAGAAAAGUGUUACGACGAAAAAGGGUUGGGAUGCUGUGGAAUCUUAUUUUCGGAGAAGCAGGGUGGAUACUCUUCUGGCACAUGCACGAGAAGCAAAGACUUUCGAGCCGGGAAAUCGGUUGAGUAAAUCGGGAGGCUCGGAAGAUUCAAUGCCAAUUGCAGGUGGCAGUGGUUAUCUGCAGCUAAACGCGCUGAAUCUGCAGAGCAGCGCGCCGGUGUUCGGCGAGAAUAACUACAGCCCGAAUCAGCGUAUGUCGGCGAUACGCGAUGGUUGGGUCCACGAUGAACGACCUGAUCGACCUAUAUAUAACACCUUUAUCAAUACAACGAAAAAACCUCCUCCAAGAAUAUUGGAAGCCUUACCAUCGUACCCGCACGCCGGUAGCCCCUUCAAAUCGUCCGUUCGUGUUGGUGAAAUGGAAUUGAAGAAAAUAUCUGAGCGAGAACCACCAUCGAGAUUGCUACGUAAUAACGAUACCUUUACCUGUCAUCAUCCGUUCCACGUUGAAAACACCUGUUCGCCAACUUAUUGAUAAGCCUGCGAACUAUUUAACAAACAUUUUGUGUUAAAGAAGAAUUAAAAGAAGUUAUGUACAAGGUUUAAGAGACAGAGGUCAAGCUGAGAGGAAUGUCAAGGCAACGCAACAUUGACGACAAUUGGCGGAAUCACUUAACAUCAAAAACACUAACGGGUGGCGAAUAAAAUUAAAUCAACAAAACACCAUUCCUUUGAUUCUUUACGAGAA